UAUUUGCAGAUGCAGUGAAGUCAGUGUCAGUGAUGGAGGGAGAUUCAGUUACUCUACAGAUUGAUGCUAAAAUACAGAGAGAUUCAGUGAUAAUAUGGCGGUUUGGAAAUGAAAGCCCUCCUAUAGCUACAAUCAACAGCGGGGCUGUGAACUUCUCCCCAUCUGAUGGUCCUGAUGGGAGAUUCAGAGACAGACUGAAGCUGGACAUUAAGACUGGAACACUGACCAUCACAAAUACCAGAACCACAGACUCUGGAGUUUAUCAGUUCUCAGGAGAGAACAUUUACAGUUUCAAAGUUUCUGUCUAUGCUCGUCUGCCUGUUCCUGUCAUCAACAGAGACUCUCCACAAUGUUCUUCAUCAUCAUUAUCAUCAUCAUCAUCAUCAUCAUAUUGUUCACUGGUGUGUUCAGUGGUGAAUGUGGGUCAUGUGACUCUCUCCUGGUACAAAGGAAACAGUUUAUUGUCCAGCAUCAGUGUGUCUGAUCUCAGCAUCAGUCUCUCUCUACCUCUGGAGGUGGAAUAUCAGGAUAAAAACACCUACAGCUGUGUGCUCAACAAUCCCAUCAGCAACCAGACCACACAUCUGGACAUCAGUCAACUCUGUCAACCAUGUUCAGAUUGUGUCCAGUGUUGUGGUUUUACUGAAGCUGUGAUCCAGUUGGCCCUCUCUGUUCUGGUAGGCAUGGCUACUGUCACUAUUCUGGUUUACGAAAUCUCAUCAAGAAAGGUUGAACAAUCAAAGGAAAAACAGACAUCACCAUCAGACCCUCAAACCAAUUAA